AGAAGACAUGAGCAUGACCAUAGUCUUGGUCCACAAACUCCCCAGGCCAGGCUCUGCUCCAAUCAACUCUUCUUCAGUUCAAGCUCUUCAAAGACACCAAUUCGUUGAAAAUGUCAAACUCAUUGUUUUCAAGAGAUCCAGACAAGUUCAUGCCCAAGUUGCUGGAUCAUCUGAGAAAAGCCAGAGCCGUGGCCGACACAGAUGACGAAGCUUUACUCGUGAUCGAGCUUCAAAAAGAUGGAAGAUGAGCUUGAGAACAUCAAAGGCGUGCUACCCAGAGUGAAGCACUGGGAGCAAACUCUGGUGAACCAGUUCACUAACUUGGAGCGCCGCCUCGACAAGAUCAUCUUGGGCACUGAGACUUCCAUCGAGGCCAUCACCGCCACACUAAACCGCAUGUUUCAAAAUGUGGAGCAAAUCAAACUCUCACAUCCUCUAGUGCAGCUGAUGCCUUCACCCGAGCGCAGCUCCGAGUCGACAUGGACGCGCAGAUCUCAGCCGGAGUUGAGUCAGGGAAUGUCACCGGAAUGGUCCGAAUUGAGCCUCGAAAAUUGGGUUGAUAACACUCGGAGCAUGGAGGAUAUAAAGAGAAGCUAUGAACAUCUUGAGAGCGUUGAGUUGAAGAUGUGCUGUCUAUCUCUUUCAAUAUUCCCUCCUGAUUCUGUCAUAAAGAAGAGGCCUCUGAUUUACUGGUGGAUUGGCGAGGGUUUCGUUACAACCACUAAAGGCAGGACAGCUGAAGAGACAGGUGAGGAAAUCUUCCGGAAACUCAUAAUCUCGGGUUUGAUUCAAGUUCAACCACAUAAUGCAUUUAGUUCUAGAGUUGUGAAUAGUUGUACAGUGCAUCCUUGGGUUCGUCAUAUGUUGGUCUCCUUGGCCAAGCACGCUAAGCUUUUCGACUUCGAUUCAAGAUGGCCAAGGAUGCCGUCUUAUAGUACAGAUAGUAUUUCAAAUUGUAGACGUGCAUGUUUAGUUUAUGACAACCCAAUUUCUGAGGGGUCUAAUGGCCGGAAAGUGGAGGAUCUGUUGACAGUGUUCAAUGUGAACGAACAGUAUCUUAGUUUGAAACGGGAAUGGCUUAGGAAGUUGAAAAAAGUUGAGGUGAUUCAGCUAGGACGGUGGCAGAACUCGGCUUCGCAUCACAUUGAAGUCGAAGAUAAAGGGUUUUUGAAAGGUUUAGGGGCUCAGAAUAAGCUCUUGAAGUAUCUUUGCCUCCGAGGGAUAUCAGGAAUUACCAAACUCCCUUCUUCUAUCUUGAAGCUUCUCAACCUUGAAAUUCUUGAUCUGAGGGCAUGCCACAGCUUAGAGACUUUGCCUCCAGAUAUCUCACCAUUGAGGAAUCUCACGCAUUUCGACAUAUCCGAGUGUUACUUGCUAGAAGCAAUGCCGAAAGGAAUUGAGAAGCUGUCUUCUCUUCAAGUGCUAAAAGGCUUUGUGAUUGGGGAUUUGGAAGGAACUCCCUGCAGAAUUGGUGAUCUUGCACAGCUGAGGCAUCUAAAGCGGCUCAGUAUACACAUGGGCAAUCAGGCUGAAGUUCAAAAGGGGGAGUUCCACAAAUUGGAGGAAAUUGUAUCUCUUCGCCACCUCAAACUUUCAUGGGGAGUUGUUUCUCCAAACUUGAAAGCAAAAGUUGGCUUCCAGUCCUUGGAGUUCUCUUUUCCGCCGGAUUUAGAAAAAUUGGAUCUUCAAGGCAUCCCUCUAGCACAUGUACCAGAAUGGUUGAACCCUGUCAAGCUCAAGAAUUUAAAAAAGCUCUAUAUAAGGGGUGGGGAACUUGAUAGCUUGGAUCAUGGAGAGACUGAGAAGUGGACUGUUGAAGUCUUGCGUCUCAAGCACUUGAAUAAUUUGGAGAUAGGUUUGCCAAAGUUGAAGGAUGAGUUUCCUCGUCUGCGCUAUUUGGAGAAAAUCAACUGUCAUGAGAUUGAAAAGGAUCGAUACGAUGAAGACAUUGUUUGGAGUGAAUAUGCAGAGUACACCUGCAUAUGAGCAUGUAAUUAAUGAAAAGUAUUCUCUUUUCAGAUGAUCUAGGAUGUCAGGCUAGGAAUUGAUUAGUUGUUAACUAAGAUUUGAAUUUUUUCAUGUUAUUAAUACAAGUUUAUUUGCUAGAA